CUGGAGCUCUUAACCAAAACAGAGGAACCAAACAACCCAUCAACAGCUGUGCGUCAAAGUGAAAUAGCUAGCAAGCUUCCUCAGCGUCUGUCCAGCAAACUUUGAAGCAACAUCAAAUCAUCGCUCACCUGUCCGGUAGACAGGCCGUCUCAAUGCAUUACAGAGGACCGAAAACACCGAGGGGAUCAUGGAUGUGCACGAUCUGUUUAGUAGCUGCAGAAAGGGCGACACUUGUAGAGUUAGAUACCUCGUUGAACAAAGAGAUGUGGACCUCAAUGUAAGAGAUAUGUGGGAUAGCACCCCAUUGUAUUAUGCCUGUCUCUGUGGCCACGAGGAGCUGGUCCAGUACCUGUUGGCUAGUGGCGCCAAGUGUGAAGCCAACACAUUUGAUGGUGAGAGGUGUAUGUACGGCUCCCUAAAUGACUCUGUUCGACGCCUGCUCAAAGAUUAUAAGUGUGUCAGUGUCCGUGCCAUGCAACGGGAUGAUUUUAACUACUUUCUGCACACGUUACUGGAGCAGGGUCAACACAAUGAUGUCAAUUUCCUGGUUCAUGGUCAAACAUUUCCAGCUCACCGCUGCAUCCUCAGUGCACGCUCAGAGUACUUCACUGAAAUGUUUGAGACCAAAUGGAAAGGGAAGAGCUUGAUCACCCUCAAACACCCUUUGAUCAACCCUGCAGCCUUUGGAGCCAUUCUACAAUAUUUCUAUACAGGACGAAUGGACAUUGAUAUAAGCCUUGUGGAGGACUGCAGACGUCUUGCUAAACAGUGCAAGAUGGCAGAUCUCAUAGAGGAGCUGGAGAAUAAAUGCAAACAGUUGUAUGAAUUCGUGUCCAACAAGCCGGGAAUCUGUGUGAAAGUUCUCAGCCUGGAGCCUCACAGUUGUCAGCUUCAAGAGGAGAUGGCUCAGUUAGCAGACUGUGCAGUGCCCACUGAACUAAGAGUUGGAUUUGGAGAACUUCCCUUUGACAGAGUCGACUGCUUCCCUACUUAUCCUGACAUCUGCUUCAGAGUCGAUGGUUACAAUUUCUUGUGUCAUAAGGCUUUUUUCUGUGGACGUAGUGAUUACUUUAAAGCCCUACUGGAGGAUCACUUCAGUGAGGGAGAGGAGCUGCAGUCCCAGCCCAGCACCCGAGUGAUUACUUUACACAAUAUUUCCCAUGAAAUCUUUAUCCACGUCAUGUAUUACAUCUACACUGAUUCCACAGAGCUAACGACGGAGAAUGUGUUUGAUGUGCUGUGUUUGGCUGACAUGUAUCUGCUGCCUGGGCUGAAGCGUCUGUGUGGGAAGACGCUCGCUAAAACUAUAUGUGAAGAGAACGUUAUGUACAUGUGGAAGACGGCCAAGCUUUUCCGUCUCUCUCGGCUGGAAGAUCAGUGCACAGAGUUCAUGGCCAAAAUCAUUGAGCGGUUGGUGGAGCAGGCCGAGUUUGCCGAGAUCGUCAAGGAGGACGCUGCAUCACUGGAGGAGAGACACGAGACCGAUUCUGUCCCCCUGGUGGACGACAUCCGCUACCACAUUGCCAGCAAUGUGCAAACUUACAGUGCAAUUGGGGAGGCCAAUCAGAAGCUGGAGGCCCUGGAGGAGCUGCUGUCCAGCAUUAAUAUUGACUGCUGAAGGAGUGACAGGUGGAGGUUUGUGGCUGUAGCUGCAGUUGAAUGUGAAGCCAGGAUGCUCUGAAAGGAUGACAUAUGGUGGCACAAACAUCUGGAGAGUGAAACAAAGAAGUGAAAAGAAAAAUCAUGCUUCUGUAUGUCAAGUUUUAUUUUAUUUACAGUAUAUUGCUCAGAAUAUAUAAAUAGAAUGUAGCUGGUUCUGAUGUUACAGGGGCAUGUUCAAAGACAGUUGUUCAUGAUGGAUGUUUAAAGCUUGUUUGAAUGAGACAUACCAUAAUAUGAGAAAAGAUAUUUGGUAUUAAGUGUCAUCUGUUCCUCUGGAAAUUGUGUUAUAUAUUUACAACAGAAUACUUUUGCCUUGCACAUGCAUGCAUUUAUUUUAGCUGCUAGAACUUUGAUUUGCUUGUUAUUUAGCUCUUUUAAAAUGUGGUUUGACUCCAAGAAACUUAAAUCGAAUAUCAUAACGUUAUAUUUUGAUGCUAAAAUAAAGUUAAAGGAGUCUAUGCUAUGUACUGACUCACACUUAAGAAGUGAGUUAAAGAAGCUUAUUCACUUUCUUCAUCCAGAAAUAUUUUAACUCAUAACUCUUAUUUUGAAGUUGCAUAGAAUAUAAUUUUAUGAUGUAUUUAACACCCAGAGGAUCAGUCUUAAAGACUCUGAUCCACCGACUCGUUCAUGUAACUGCAAAAAUUGUAUUAGAUGAAGUGGCAUGAAAUUUGGCACAGACAUUCAUGUCAAAUAACUCAAAUAACUUGAAUUUUUAUUUAGCACCACCAUCAGGUGACAUCAAUGUCAGCAUUGGACAUCAGGUUUUUACUUAUUCUGGGAAUAAUCUCUUUGGUGUAUGACAAAAAAAAUGCCUCCAAAACCAACAACAUUCACAUCAUGCUCAGUUGUGCCACUUAGUGAUGAUUAGAAAUGUUAGCAUGCUAGAGUGAAGACGUGUUAGCAUUUAACUCCACUGUGUUAGCACCACUGUGCCCGAGCGCAGCCUUAUAUUGCCUAGCUGUCUAGCCAUAGUAUGAGUCUUGUUUUCCCCACCUUGAUUACACAACUCUUGUUGUCAUUUAACAUGACAGACAGAUCUUUGUCAGUGUGUUUCUUGGCACAGCGGCAAAAACAGGAGCCUCUCAAACCAUUAAUCAGAGCGUGUGCAAGUAGGAAGUUAGGUUAACAGCCAGGUAGGCCAUCCAAUGGUUUUGCUUGGGAUGAGUAAAAUUACUGGCCAGGCUUCUUUCAGCCCUGCUGCUGCCACAGAUGACGGAUUUUUUUUUUUAUGUUGUCAAUGCAUUUAAUGUAUUCAUUGAAAAGAGAAUUUCAGGAAAGGUAACAUAAAUUGGUUCUGGAAGGAAUUGCCAACCCUACCUUUAAAGGUUUUAACAUCAGUGUCAGUCUUUGUUUUUAAUAGCAGUUGUCUUUCUCAGCUGCCUUAAAUUGGUUUAUCUUGGUAUGAUGUCAUGAAAUUUCUUACCAGUGACAUCAAAUCCAUCUAUUACAUAUAUUGAUAAUGACACACACCAAACAAUUAUACAGUAAUUGCCACUGAAAUCAUUGUUUUGUUUUCAAAUUGAUUACACCAUAUUGGCAUGUGUGCUGGAAUAUCCUCGAAUCACGUUGAGCCUCCUUUACAGAGGACACUGACAUGUAUUAAACUAUUAGUUUGGAUCUCGCUGUCCAAGAUGUGACUCGUAUUUCUGUCAAGUGUCCAUUUCUAAAAAACAUGCACUGACUAUUUCAAUGGGCUUUUUUCUCAAAUUGUUUUUAAAUCUUGAUGAGGGAAUAAAAGUUUCAAAUCCCUUGGCUCUUGACUCUCGCCACCAUGUCUGUCUCUUCAUACAGGAAUGCGCAAUGCCAGAAAUUUCACACACAAGUGGAGAAACAGCUGUUUUCUGCUUCAUUCUUCAGCCUGCUGUCAUUAAAGUUAUCAACCUGGGUGUGCAGUGUAAUAAAU